GACGGGACGCUUCUUCAAGAACAACAACGCGGCAACUCUUUCAACCACGUCGGUAGCUUGCUAGCCAAUAUAAAAGUGAAAGAUUGACGCUUUAGACCAUCUUAAUGUACAUUAUCUAAUCUCAGUGUUUUAAACACAGUUCUGUUGACGUAUUAACUGGUUAACUGUAACCGAAUUUGCAAACUUGUUAAAGAUUGAUGCUGAGCCUAGCACUAGGCUAGUCGCUAAUGCUAACUAGCUAGCUAACAUCCCUGACCAUGAGUUCAUUAAACUACUCCCCUGCUAUAGAAGAGGAGGACUGCUGUUUGGAGAAAGAAGUUCUGGCGCUGAACAUUGAAGAAGAGGAUGAGGUUACAGUGAAAGAAGAGAAAGAAGCUUUUAGAAUGAAAAAGGAGGAAGAUGAGACUGUUAUAGUGAAGGAAGAAGAUGCUGUUAUAGUGAAAGAACAUUUCAGAAUGAAAAAGGAGGAAGAGGAGACUGUUAUAAUGAAGGAAGAAGAUGCUGUUAUAGUGAAAGAACAUUUCAGAAUGAAAAAGGAGGAAGAGGAGACUGUUAUAAUGAAGGAAGAAGAUGCUGUUAUAGUGAAAGAACAUUUCAGAAUGAAAAAGGAGGAAGAGGAGACUGUUAUAGUGAAGGAAGAAGAUGUUGUUAUAGUGAAAGAACAUUUCAGAAUGAAAAAGGAGGAAGAGGCUGUUAUAGUGAAGGAAGAAGAUGCUGUUAUAGUGAAAGAACAUUUCAGAAUGAAAAAGGAGGAAGAGGCUGUUAUAGUGAAGGAAGAAGAUGCUGUUAUAGUGAAAGAACAUUUCAGAAUGAAAAAGGAGGAAGAGGCUGUUAUAGUGAAGGAAGAAGAUGCUGUUAUAGUGAAAGAACAUUUCAGAAUGAAAAAGGAGGAAGAGGAGGCUGUUAUAAUGAAGGAAGAAGAUGCUGUUAUAGUGAAAGAACAUUUCAGAAUGAAAAAGGAGGAAGAGGCUGUUAUAGUGAAGGAAGAAGAUGCUGUUAUAGUGAAAGAACAUUUCAGAAUGAAAAAGGAGGAAGAGGAGGCUGUUAUAGUGAUAGAAGAGAAAGAACCGUUUAGAGAGGAAGAGGAUGCUAUCUCAAUAAAGGUGAAGGGGGAAGACGUUUUGGGAGUGAAAGAAGAGACAGAAUAUCAGAUUAACACCAGAGCGAGACAUGACUAUUGUGGAUCCUCUGGGGAGCCUCAACAACAUCCUGAUGCUGACGAGGCAGAGAAGAGUCUCUCCAGAUCAGAACACCAGAUGGACAACGCUAGCCCUUCCUCCCUCCCGGAGUCCCUGUAUCGUGCCUCUCCUGGUAGCACCUUACUGCUGGGUAUGAAGAGGUUGUCUGUGCUGCUGGUGGACUGCAGGAAAACAACAGGGCUGAGUGGAACUGUGAGAGGAGGAGAAGAGAAGAAAGGAUCAGAUUUGACACAUCAAAGAGAAAGGCCAGACUCGGAGGAACCAGAGCCAGGGACGUCCAAACUAGCAAGACGACACCACUGCUCCCACUGUGGAAAGUGUUUCAACAAGUCGGAGAAGCUGAAACGGCAUGAGAGAAUACACACAGGAGAGAAGCCUUACCACUGCUCCCAGUGUGGAAAGAGUUUCAACCGGAAAGAAAACCUGAAAGCUCAUGCGAGAAUACACACAGGAGAGAAGCCUUACCGCUGCUCCCAAUGUGGAAAGUGUUUCAACCAGUCGGGGGAGCUGAAACUACAUGAGAGAAUACACACAGGAGAGAAGCCUUUCCACUGCUCCCAGUGUGGAAAGAGUUUCUACCGGAAAGAAAACCUGAAAGUUCAUGAGAGAAUACACACAGGAGAGAAGCCUUACCACUGCUUCCAAUGUGGAAAGUGUUUUGUCCGUUCGUGGGAGCUGAAACUGCACGAGAGAAUACACACUGGAGAGAAGCCUUACCACUGCUCCCAAUGUGCAAAGUGUUUCAUCCAGUCAGGGGAGCUGAAACGACAUGAGAGAAUACACACAGGACAGAAGCCUUACCACUCCUCCCAGGUUGCAAACCAUUUGCCCAUUUAGGAAGCCUGAAAGAACACAUUAGACUGCACACAAAGGAGAAGGCUUAGAAAAGCUCAGACUGGGAAAACAUAUUACUCAUAAGUCACUUAAACGUCAUUAGAGAAUCCACACAGGAGAGAGAAAUUACUUCUCUUAGCGUGUAUGUUGAUAUUUCACAUCACAUUGACUUAAAAUUCAUCAGAGAACAUACACAGUGCUCCCGUUGUCUUAUAUUGUUGACUGACAAUGUGUUUACCUGUCUUUACCAUAUGAAAUUAAAUGGUACAGGGUAUACUCAAACAUAUAUUUGUUUGUUUUUAUUAGAAAACAUUAAUUGAAUAUGGAGUAUGUCAGUUUGAAUAUAAAGAAGAUCAGGUUCCUUCUUUUAAAUUGUCCUUUUUUAAAACUCUGUGUGUUUAUCUGGGUGUGUCAUUCCUCCAGCACUACAGAUAAUCAAGUGAUAUUUGGAUGUGAUGCAUUUGUUGCAUUGUUGUCCACUGAUGAUUUAAUGAAAUGAAAAUGUUCAGACUCUGUAAUGGAAAAUGUUAAUUGUUUGUGUGUCCACAUAACUGUGCGCUGUGUAACUCUGUUAUUCUCUAUGAGCUCAGAAAUAAAGAAUCUUGGUUUGA